AUGGCGCAGACCUUUGGGCGAUCACGAUCUGUGCUGUGUGAUGUUUUCCUCCACGUUUUGAACGAGUUGUACGACCGGUGGAAUCCAUUGCUGUACUUCAACACCAACCUUGUGGCAAAAAACAUUGACCGAUACUGCGCCGCCAUCAACUCGCGUGGCGCCCAAACUAGUCGUGUGUUUGGGUUUAUCGACGGCACGAAGCUGCAAGUGUGUCGGAUGGGACCAUCGGGAAACGGGGACAAUGACCAGAAGGAGAUCAACAGCGGCCAUAAGCGAAGGCAUCCUCCAAACUACCAACCAGUCACACCACCCGAGGAACCCAGCACUCAACUUCAACACCAACCGGAAGGAAAAAAACACGAAACGAAACUGCGCCGCCAGAAACGCCCGCGCCACCCAAACUACCCGAACGCACACAUCUACCCACAGAACGAAACCGAAAGCGACCCGGAAGACACCAUCGCCAAACGGGGACAAUCUGCAGAAAAAGACAAACAGCGCAAAAAAGCCCAAAAAGAAUCCAAAAAACCAAGCAGUCAAGGCCCCCAAUGGCCGAAGCAGAAAUUCAAAGGGGCCAAAACAAGGACGGCGCCAAGAAAAGAAAAAGCGCCGUCAAAAAGGCCAGCGCCACCACCGGCAACAGAACUCACACAUCCCAUCCGAGAAACAAACCGACAGCGACCCUACAUACGGCGAAACCAAAUUAGCCAGGACUGGGACCAAAAACAACCAACCCAACAAAUCCAAAAAGAAACGAAACAAAUCGAAGACACGAAACAGCCAGAAUGGCAAGGGCAAUUAAAAAGCAGUGAAAACACACUGGAAUAUCACCACAAACAAAGGCAUGCCCAAAAGUCGACCCGAAACACCGAAAACAGGAGGCAGUGUUGCCACCACGGCGACAAACGGGCACUCAAGGGACGCUCCCCGAAACAAAAUAAGCCAAAAGAUGAAACCAGAACCACCAACCCCUGA